UUUCAAACUCUUGUUUUGAUAUAAGACAAUGAUUUCAUUGGACAAAGCAGAACCUUUACAUCAGCAACAAUAUGUCAGGUUCAACCUUUUCAAUUUGGAGAAUAUAUAUAUCAAACAUAGAACAAACCGAAGUGAUGACAGGGAAUAAAACAAAACAGAAAAUGUACAAGGACAUUAAGGUCAAGGUAAGUGCCCAAUAAUGUGUACAAUGGAUAUAUAUAUAGACAGUAGCUAGUAGGAUGUUGCUCAUACUAUGCUUCUUUGCCAUGGAACUAAUAGUCUUCUACUUUGCAUAUUUUUUCUCCUUUGUCCUCUUAACCCUUGUGGUACAAAGGACAAGAAAGAAGAAAACUUGCUCGAAUUAUAACAUACCACGAGGGCCUAGAAAGCUACCUAUUAUAGGAAAUAUACACAAUCUGUUAAGCUCUCAACCCCAUCGAAAAUUAAGAGACUUGGCCAAAAUAUAUGGACACGUAAUGCAUCUCCAACUUGGAGAGGUUUCUACCAUUAUUAUUUCCUCAGCCAAGUGUGCUAGGGAGGUAAUGAAAACCCAUGAUAUUCACUUUGCAACAAGGCCUCAAAUCCUAGCUACAGAAAUAAUGUCUUACAAUUCCACAAAUAUCGCUUUUGCUCCUUAUGGUAAUUAUUGGAGACAGUUACGAAAAAUCUGCACAUUGGAGCUUUUGAGCCUAAAAAGGGUAAACUCAUACCAAACAAUUAGAGAAGAGGUGUUCUCCAAUCUUAUCAAAUGGAUUGCUUCACAGAAUGGAACACCAAUCAACCUCACUGAAGCUGUACUUUCUACAAUAUACACAAUUGUUUCGAGGGCCGCUAUUGGGAAUAAAUGCAAAGACCAAGAAAAACUUAUAGCAGUGGUAAAACAAUCAUUAAAGGUUGCAGCGGGUUUUGACUUGGGAGAUUUGUAUCCUUCUGCUAAAUGGCUACAACGUGUUACUGGCUUGAGGCCUAAGCUUGAGAGGUUUCAACGACAAACUGAUGAGAUAUUAGAGAACAUCAUCAAUGAGCAUAAAGAGGCAAAGUACACAAAAGCCAAAGCUGAUCAAGGUGGAGUAGAAGAUCUGCUAGAUGUUCUCUUAAAUUAUGAGGAUGGUAGUGACCAAGAUUUUUCCUUAACAAAAAACAAUAUGAAGGCCGUAAUCCUGGACAUUUUUGGUGCAGGAGGUGAGACAUCAGCAAGCACAAUAGAUUGGGCAAUGGUAGAAAUGAUAAGGGAUCCAAGAACAAUGAAAAAAGCACAAGUUGAGGUGAGAGAGCUUUUCAAAAUGAAAGGAAGGGUUGAUGAAAAUUACCUCAACGAGCUCAGUUAUUUGAAAUCAGUUGUCAAAGAAACUCUGAGGUUACACCCUCCACUACCUCUUUUGCUACCAAGAGAAUGUGGCCAAACAUGUGAGGUAAAUGGUUAUCACAUACCGAUUAAGACUAAGGUGAUAAUUAAUGCUUGGGCAAUUGCAAGAGAUCCAACCUACUGGACUGAACCAGAAAGGUUUUAUCCAGAGAGAUUCAUUGACAACACUUUUGACUAUAAAGGGAGUCAUUUUGAGUACACUCCUUUUGGUGCUGGAAGAAGAAUAUGCCCGGGGAGCACAUUUGGUUUGAGAAAUAUUGAUCUGGUUCUUGCGAUGUUAUUGUAUCAUUUUGACUGGAAGCUUCCAAGUGGAAUCAGAAGUGAAGAAUUGGACAUGACUGAGGAAUUUGGAGUCGCAGUGAGAAGAAAAGAUAAUCUUUUAUUGCUUCCUUCUGUUUAUCAUCCUUUGAAUGUUACACAAGAAGAAAAUGAAACCUUUGGCAGUGUACUAGUAUGUUCCGGUAAAAAUAUGUAGGUUAUGCCUGUGUUUAAGAAUUAAAAUAAAUGAAGAUUUUGCAAUUUAACCA